AAAGCUAGGAAAGAAGGUUUGAAUGGGUGGGAUAUAGAGAGGGAUGGCUUCUGCUAAGAUCCUGACUUUGGCCAUCCGGACACUGGCGAAACCAAUUUCUACCACCAUAAAGAAUCAAGCGGCCGAACAUCCAACAUUUCGAAGUGUUUGUAUAGGUCUUGCACAGUCUAUGCAUAGAACAGAAGCUAGGAUGAGAUUGGGGUUGUUGAAUGAAGAAGCGAAGAAUAUCAAGCCUCUGAAUGAUGUUCGUGCCAUACAAAACGGAGCUACUUUUCUAGCUGAAUCAUUUCUCUUUCUGGUGGGCGCAGGAUUGAUAGUGGGUGAAACAUGGCGGUCGUCACGGAAAGAGACGAGACGACGGGAUGAGGUACAUGAGAGGUUGGAUAAUUUGGAAGAAGACGUGAAAAGUAUACGAGGGCUGUUGGAGAGUGCAACUUGGAGGGAGGGAGUGGAUGACUUGAGAGAGCGGAGUGAGAAACUGGAACGAGUGCUAGAGACGGUCAUCUCCAACGGUCUCAAAGCGGGAUGGCUCGGUUUAGGUCACUCAGAUGAAUCAGGAGAGGGAUUACCCUUACUUCAAAUGAACAGAUCAGGAAGAGAAGUUGUGGGACAUGGACAUCGGAUAGACUUGUCAUCGCGAGUAGAGGUGGAUGAUCCUGCUUGA